AUUAAUUUUGAUUGAAACAAAGUGAUUUUAAAAUACUUUCUACUUACAUAUUUUAAAUACCAUUAAUUACACAAUUAUGCAGCUACUGAUAAUAUUCAGUUGCUUGUUCGCCUUAUCAAUAUCAAAUUGUGCAGCCAUCGAGCCGCUCGAUGAUGGGAAAUUGCGCGUCUGUGUGGUCGAGUCGCUUGGUAAUUAUCGAAAGGCGCCCAAAUUCUGUCCGCUUCUGAAGGCCACGAGUAACAUUGAGUGCGUGAUAGGCGUCGAUCGCCUGGACUGUGUGCGCCGCAUACACAAAGGAACGGCACACUUCGGUGUGCUCACAUCCGAGGAUUUGGUGGCAGCUCGCUGGGCGGGCGUGGAGAUUCUGGUUGCCAGCGAACUACGUUCACACCUCUCGCCCUUUGAGUAUGAAAUAGUUGCGGUUGUGAACAACGACGCUGGCAUACACACCGUCAAUGAUCUGCAUGGCGCCAAGCUGUGUCAUCCUGGCUAUGGUUUGGAUCACCACUGGACCGAGGUGUUGGCCAAUUACUUCGAAUCAACCUUGGUCGCAAAGUCCUGCAAUCCAGAUAUUACAUUAACUGAAGACCGCAUUGCGGCUUCAGCGAGGUAUUUUGGGCCCAGCUGCAAAGCUGGUCCCUGGGUGCCAGAUCGUAAACAGGAUCGCAUUCUCAAGGAUCGGUAUCCAUCAUUAUGCCAAAUGUGCUAUGACCCAUAUAGCUGCGACGACACUGACAAGCACUGGGGACGACGUGGAGCACUCUAUUGUCUGACAAGUGGCGGCGGUAGCGUCUCCUGGGCACGUCUUGACGAUACGCGCAGUCAUUUUGGGCUGGCAGGUCUGCCAGCACAGGACGACCCGUCUAAAUACAGCUAUCUCUGUCCAGACGGACACUUGCAGCCAAUCAAUGUGACGCAUCCCUGCAUUUGGGUAUCCAAGCCAUGGCCUGUGGUGGCUGCACGUCGCUCGCAUGCCGCUCAGGUGCAGCGUCUGGUUACUGGACUCACACACGACGAGCCGCAGAGCUGGCAAAAUGCGCUGCUUAGCUUGCUGGAGACAUACCAUGUGCUUACUGUGCCACUGGACAACGUCAUCUCUAUAGAUGACUAUCUGGAUCAGGCUAUUGGCUUUCAGUCGGCCUACAGUUUCCCCGAGUGCAAUCCCCCGCGCUCGAUUGUCGUCUGCACAACAUCAAUCAUCGAGCAUAUUAAGUGCUCUUGGUUGCAGGAGGCAUCCCAAGUAUAUGGCGUCGAGCCGAACAUUCAGUGCAUACGCACGACAAACAUGGAGCAGUGUAUGGAAGAUACUCGUUACAAGAGCGCCGAUGUUCUAAUGGUCAACCAAGAGCAACGAAUUCAAGCCCAAAGAGAUUAUGGUUUGACGCCGUUGCUUUUUGAGUUUGCAGAGCAAAUGCACGAUCGCUACGUAACAAUUGCGCUAGUACACAAAGAUUCCAAGUUUAAAAGUUUUACGGAUUUAAAAGGUGCUCGCGCUUGCUUGCCCAACUAUGAGGGUGCUGCUCAUCUCUCUGUGCUAGAAACCAUUGUGAACGCGACCGGAAAAGUACAGUCAGUGAACUCAUAUUUCAGUCACGAAUCUUGCCUCUGGCAUCCGCAUCGUGGUCGUCAGUGUCCGCCGCAUUAUCAUGGCGAUGAGGGCGCAUUCCGUUGCCUGGCCGAGGGUGCCGACGUGGCUUUCCUCAGCUCCGAUGUCUACAAGAAAUAUAUUAGUGGCAAUUUAACAUCCGACUGGCUGGCGCGUAGCAAACCCCAGUCUUACCGCCUUUUGUGUCCUUACGGCGGCAUUGAACGUCAUUCAAGGUUUGAGUACUGCUAUCUACACUGGACGCCGCGUGGCCAGCUGGUGACGCACAAUUCAUCUCUAACACGACACAACGAGAUCUACAACUCGCUGCGCGACAUGGAUCAUUUGUUUGGCAAGAAGCCCAAGACCGACACACGCCCAUUUUCACUCUACGGCAUCUUCGAUAGGCGCACUGACAUAUUAUUCCACGACAGCACGGAUGCCCUAUUAAACGCGCAUGAGCUGCAGCGAGACUACGCCAAGCGUUCCAUGGAGCACAUAUAUGCCCGUUAUAUAUCGCAUUAUUACGCCUCAAAAGACGACGACGACAGCGGCGCGCAUUUAGGUAUCCACAGCAGCUCUGUUCUCUUGUUGGCUACGAGCACUUUGUGGCUGAUGCAACGCUUUUAAUUUUAGACAAUAUGCUGUGCACAAGAUUACCUUUAUUUAUUGUGAUAUUAAUUUUUACGAGAGCACAAUUAAAGCUAAAUUAUGUUAGGCAAUCAAAUACAACCAAUUUUCAAAACAAA